CUAGGCUCAAACCCAGCGCGAAAGACGUGGUCGACCACGGCAACAUGCGGAGCAGAGCGAUGAACCGAUACCGCCGCUGACACUCCCGCUCGAGCUGAUACUGGACGUUUUCAAGCACUUCGACUCUUUACAAACGCUCGCGACCACCAGUCGUCUGUGCAGCACUCUCCAGAUGGAGUCGGAGCGUCUUCUUUACCGUGAAGUCUCCGUGAAACGCGUCCCACACAUCCGCAGUUUACACCGAGCUCUCGUGAAUUCGCCCAGACGGUCAUCUCUCGUCAACAUAUUCCGGGCCAUCGACAACGGCUUUUUCGAUUCCGUGCUCCCGUUGCUCAAAGAGAUCCUCCUUGCGUUCACGCAGCUCGAGCACCUGGAGCUCACACUGAACCUACCUUCUCAAUUUCCCGAGGGCAUCGACACCAUACUGGCGCAGUGCACAUUCGAGCUCAAGUCGUUCGCGAGCCAUGCGUUUUACAACAAAAACGUUCUGACAUUCCUCGAACGGCAGAGUCGCCUCGAGACACUCCGUACAACUGGAUAUCCACCACCCGACUGGAGCAUACCAUCAGACACUCUCCCACGCCUCAAGUACGUGGAGGCAUACUCUCAGUUCUUCGUGCAUGCUAUUCGCGCCCCACACGCAAUAACGCAUCUCGAUCUUUCUCUCUUCUAUGGGGAUCCCAUGGAGUUCGGAAAGAUUCUGCGAGUUGUGCGACACCAGCUAAUCAGUCUCAAGUACAAUCUGCAUUUCGGACCUCAUCCUCCAGUCUGGCUUCUGACAGACAACAUCAUGAACGGUGUGUCCAUGCCAAACCUGAGGUAUCUGGAGAUCAAAGACGACGGGAUGAGGAACCCUGGCAAUCUCGAAUACACUGAUGACAACCUGGCGCACAUGGAACGACCCAAUACCGCGCUGGACACUCUGGUUUGGUCGGCGCGGUUCAUGUCCCAGCACAACUUCGGUCCUCCCACACCACAGAGCCGGUUGGCUUUCGUUCGUUCUCGGGCCAAGCAGUUGCUGGAAAUAUACGGUGUAUUGCGCCGUUUCUUCUAUGUCGAACGAAUUGUGGGAGAUCGGCAGCACACGCAGGAGACCUGCGUAGUGCUGUUCAAGCUAGGAUCUGAUGGACGGUUUAUGGAAGAAACGACGGAGGUGAACGGCUUACCUGUUUGGUCUGAUAUUUGACAGCAUCCAUUGUGGUAUUUUCUGGAAAGUGUGGCAUCGGAUUGGGAUGUACAAGUCCUUUACUUGCGUUACUCCCC